AUGUUUGGUCCAUAUGGCGCAUUCAUUCCGGAAAAUUUUGCUGCAUUUGCUGCUGGUCUAAAUCCAACAUCUGUUCUCAAUGCAGCAGCAUUCGCCGCUAGUGGUACAAGCAAUAAUCCAAUGAAUUUAAGUUCGACGAACAAUUUUUCAUCACGAUCAUUACAUCCAUCAACAAAUUUCAAUGAUCUUUAUACAGCUAUGCGUAUUCCUCAACAACAAAAUCCUCUACUAGCAAUAACAUCAACAAAUGCUGCAGCAAGUGGAAAUAUAAUUGAACGUAAUGGAAUGAAACAACAUUAUUCAUUUCAUUGCGAUUCAUUUGAUCCAUCACCACCAUCAUCAUUAUUACAACCAUAUACAUUUCCUUCAGAUGCAUUUGAUAGUUUAGGUUGUCCACGUCGUACACGAGUCUUAAGUAGUUUAUUACAUGGUGAUGUUGUUUGUGCAGUAACAAUAUCAGAUCAAAAUAAACAUAUAUAUACAGGUGGAAAAGGUUGUGUAAAAAUCUGGGAUUUGAAAGAAAGUAUAUAUAAUAAUACAAAUUCAAAUGGUAGAAAUUCUCCAUUAACAAUAAGUAAACCAAUUGGUCAAUUUGAAUGUUUGAGUCGAGAUGCUUAUAUACGUUCUGUUAAACUUUUACCAGAUGGUCGAACAUUAGUUGUUGGUGGUGAAGCAUCAAAUAUUUCAAUAUGGGAUCUUAAUUUAACUCCAUCAACACCAAAUGGAUCUGCAUUAGGACGCGAUGGUAGUAAUUCAAAUUCUUCAACAUCGUCAAAUAGUUCAACAUAUUCACCUGUUAUAAAACUUAAAGGAGAAUUACAAUCAAAAGCAGCUGCUUGUUAUGCAUUAGCUAUAUCAACAGAUGGUAAACUUUGUUUUAGCUGUUGUUCAGAUGGAAGUGUACUUGUUUGGGAUAUACAAAAUCAAACAAUUGUUCGACAAUUUCAAGGUCAUAGUGAUGGUGCAAGUUGUAUUGAUCUAACACCUGAUGGUUUACGUGUUUGGACAGGUGGUCUGGAUAAUACUGUACGUUGUUGGGAUAUACGUGAAGGUCGACAAUUACAACAAUAUGAGUUUGAUUCACAAAUAUUUUCACUUGGUUAUUGUCCAACAGGUGGUGAUUGGCUAGCUGUUGGUAUGGAACAAAGUUUAAUUGAUAUAUUAAAUGUAUCAUCAACUAAACCUGAUAAAUAUCGUUUAACAUUACAUGAAAGUUGUGUAUUAGCAUUAAAAUUUGCUCGAUCAGGUAAAUGGUUUGUAUCAACAAGUAAAGAUAAUCAAUUAACAGGAUGGAAAACACCAUAUGGUGCAAAAUUAUUUGAAAACAAAGAAUGUUCGUCUGUAUUAAGCUGCGAUGUAUCACAAGAUGAUAAUUUCAUCGUGACUGGUUCCGGUGAUAAAAAAGCGACUUUAUAUGAAGUUAUUUAUGAACGAUAA